CAGAACGAUACCCUUUGAAUAUCCAUUGGAGGUCAUGAGCGCUACGCCAUCCACUCAUACGACAAUCUUCGAGCCUGAAGGUCAGGCAGAGACGUACGCCGAGAAGGAGGCGGAUCGCAAUCACCAUGCUCUUGAGGAGCUGCCAAACGAGACCUUAGAAAAGUUGACUGAGUCGCAACCUCCUGCACCACACGCACACGAAAUCGACUUCCCGGACGGUGGAUGGAGAGCAUGGAUCGUCGUCGUAGGCGCCUGGUGCGUCUCAUUCGUCACCUUCGGCUUCGUCAACGCCUUCGGUGUCUUCCAAAAUUACUACCAAACCCACCAACUAUCCGCACACUCCCCCUCCGAAAUCUCCUGGAUCGGAUCAAUGCAACUCUUCCUCAUCUUCUUCGCCGGCCUCUUCGUCGGUCGCUACUUUGAUGGAGGAUACUUCUUUGGCUCCGGGUUGAAGGGACGCAGUCUGAGUUUGACAGGGUCGGUCUUGUAUGUGUUCUCGAUUUUUAUGACGAGUUUGUGUCAUAAGUAUUGGCAGUUCUUCCUUGCCCAGGGUGUUGCGUUUGGAAUUGGGUUGGGGAUGUUGUUCUUGCCUGCGGUUUCGAUUAUUGGACACUGGUUUCGUGCGAAGCGUGCGCUUGCUAUGGGGUUGUUGGCGUCCGGAUCGUCAAUUGGUGGUAUCAUAUUCCCGAUCAUGUUGCAGCAUCUCAUUCCGAAGAUCGGGUACCCUUGGACCGUCCGGGUCAUUGCGUUCCUCAUCUUGGGAUGUUUGGUUAUCGCCAACCUCACCAUGCGCACCCGCCUUCCUCCUCGCGAAUCCGGCCCCUUCUUCGACAUGACCGCUUUCCGCGACGUUCCCUACAUGCUCUUCGUCGCCGGAGCUUUCCUGGUCUUGUGGGGCCUCUACUUGCCCUUCUUUUACCUCGAGGCGUACGCUAUCGAGCACGGCGUUGACGAGAACUUGGCGUUCUACCUCUUGUCCAUCCUCAAUGCCGCUUCCAUGUUCGGACGUACCCUCCCGAACUUCGUCGCCGACAGGAUCGGGUGCUUGAACGUUCUCAUUCCUUGCGUCUACGUCAGUGGAAUGAUGGUUUUUGUUUGGCUCGCUACCACCACUGCCGGCGGCUUGAUCGCUUUCUCCCUGGUUUUUGGUUUCUUCAGUGGAGCUUAUGUUUCCCUUAUCCCGGCUUGUAUUGCCUCGCUUACUCCUCACCCCCAGUUGAUUGGUGUGCGUAUGGGAAUGGGAUUUGCGUUCGUGUCGUUGGCGGCUUUGACUGGUACGCCCAUCGCAGGUGCGUUGGUUACGAAGGCUGGUGGAAGCUACGUCCAGGCUACGUGCUUCUGCGGUAUCGUUGUGCUGGCAGGUGGUGUGGUCAUGACCAUUGGAAGGUUGAUCAGGACGGACUGGAAGUUGAUGGCGAAGUGUUAAGCGUCUAGAAAGGUGCUUGACGGAGCGAUGGAAGUAAAAGAAACGAGCGUGCUAGGAGGUGAAAAGGCACAUCAUAUCGUGUUUGGCCGUUUCUGGGAUUUCACAUACGGCGUUCUUUCUAAGCAUAUGCAUAGUCACCUACCCUAAUAUUAAUAACAUACCUGCAUUCCAGGUUUACAUUUUCU